AUGCUUCGUGUUAAACUUGACGCAUCUGUCAAAGAUCAAAAAUAUGUGGCAUUAAAGUCGGUUUCAGUCGACUCGAAAAUUCGUUCAUUUUGUGCUGAUGUAAGUAUUACUCAACUAUUUCGAAAUGAUGAAAAACAGCCGAUCGAAGCUGUAUACUGUUUUCCAAUCGAAGAAAACGCUGCUAUCUACUCAUUUGUGGCAAAAGUCGAUGAUCUAGAAAUUCGCGCUCGGUUGAAAGAAAAAGUUCAAGCACAGCAAGAGUACUCGCAAGCCUUGCAGCAAGGGCAUGGCGCUUAUCUCCUCGAACAAGACCAAAACUCACAAGACAUGUUCAUUAUUAAUGUGGGAGCUCUUCUUCCAGAGAAAGAAUGUCAGAUACAGAUCAGAUAUGUGUCCGAGUUAGAUCUCUUUAGCGGAAAUAAAAUUCGUUUCGUUGUGCCGACGACAAUUGCACCACGAUUCAAUCCGUCAGUCGGUGGUAUUUCAUCUCCUGCAGGUACACAAACAAAAUACGUUCAAUCAACGCCGUACACAAUCGAUUUCCGGUGUCAAGUCGAUAAACUCAAUGAACAAAUAACGAGUAUUUCAUCGCCUUCACAUCCAGUUACAGUUAAAUUGCACCAAAGCAAUUAUGAAAUUACAUUUGGUCAAAAGAAUACGUUCAUGGAUCGAGACAUCAUUGUAGACAUUGAACUCUCAACUCGAACAAAUACAAUUUUAGCUGUUGAGAAGAGCAGCGAACACCAAAUAGCCUUAAUGGCAUCAUUCACACCCACAAAGCAAGAUUGUAAAAGAGCGUUAAAUGUUGGGAAGGAAAACAGCGAUGUGAAUAAUGAAUUUAUUUUUAUUGUCGACUGUAGCGGGUCGAUGAGCGACCAAAACAAAAUCGGUCUCGCCCGUGAAGCCAUGAUCUUGUUUCUCAAGAGUUUACCGGUUAACUGUCGAUUCAACAUUAUCCGAUUCGGAUCCGAUUAUAAAACAUUGUUCAACAAUGUUACUGACAUUUAUAAUGAACAGAACGCACGACAAGCCGAACAACUUAUUUCACAAAUGUUGGCUGAUUUGGGUGGAACUGAACUGUUGAGACCGCUGCAAUGGUUGGAAAAACAAGUACCCGUCGCUGGUCAUUCACGACAGAUAUUGCUGCUGACUGAUGGAGAAAUAUCGAAUGUUAUCGAAGUAAUGGAUUUGUGUCGAUCAAUGUCAACAUCAACAAGAAUCUUUUCAUUUGGCCUUGGUCAUUCACCGAGUCGAUCGUUGAUUAAAGGUCUCGCUCGUUCGACAAACGGUCGGUUCACGUUCAUUUCCCCAGGAACAAGUGUCGACGUUCACGUUGCUGAACAACUUCAGAAAGUUCUUGAACCUUGCAUUACUAAUGUCAAAGUCAAAUGGAAUAUUCCAUCAUUAUCGUCCAAUCCUCAAUCUGUUCCAACAGUUGCUCCACCUGUUUAUGCUAAUGACCGUCUUCUCUUCUAUGCCCUAGUCGAGAGCGACACAUUUGAUCAUUCAACAACUGUCGAACUGUGGAACCACGAAGAAACGGUUCGUCUCGGCUUAGCUAGAAUUGAUCAUGUGCCUGAGAAUACUGGUAGUAAUGACCAAUUAAUAACACAUCUAGCAGCUAAGGCUCUUAUUCAAGAAAUAACACAUUCAAAACAAGCUCUGUCUACAGGAUCUCAACAAAAAAGAUUUCGAAAGAUAGCAAAUCAACAACAGCCGAAAGAGGAUGAUAAUAAAAAACGCGCAAUCGAAAUUUCGUUGAAAUAUAAUAUUCUCUGCCCGCACACAGCCUUUAUCGGCGUUGAAACACGUACAGAUCCAUCAUCCAGAAAUCUGAACGCGAACAUGGUGUUAAGGGAAAUUCCAAUUGAAAUAUCAGCGGAUGACAAAGCAGUUACUGGAUUACAUUACCAGUAUCCACAGUUCUUGCAACCUUAUUACCUUCCAAAUCAAAAUCUAGUAUUAGCGACACCGAAUGGAAAAAGCAGUUGCUUUUCAUUUGCUACAUCAGUACCACCACCACCACCACCAUCAUUGUUUUCAUUUAAUUCAUCUUACCGUUCUCCACCGCAUUACCAGCAGGCUUUUUGUCAAACAGUUAAUACAUCUAAUAACUGUCAGCGGAACAAUUUUAGUGCCUGUCAGUCACAGAACGAAGCAUAUUCGCCAAGUGUACUUCAUCUACCAAUGCAGAAUGGCCGCUGUGUGUUUCCUAAUUUUGCACCAACAACAGCAUCCAGCUCAAGCCUGCCUGGUUCUUUGGCCUCUUCUGCAACUAUUUCCGUACCUUCAGAGAAUGCAUUAUUCUCUUUUCCAGCUACAAAUACUGUGGACACAGGACCUUCGUUAUCGUCCCUGAUGACAGAACAGAAAAUGUGGCCAUUAAAUGAUCAGGAUAUCGUUCGGCACUUGAUUAACUUGCAAAAAUUUGAUGGACUUUGGAAUUUGAGCGGCGAUGAUAUUCAGAAUCUUUGUCAGAAGCCAUUAACAUCAUUUCAUUCUAAUCUGAGUAACGAUUCGACUAUCUUAACGUCUACUAUUGCCAUUGUCGUUUUGGAAACCAAAUUCAAUUCCUUCAGGACAAUGUGGUCAUUUAUAGUUAACAAAGGAAAGAAACGUUUAAUGGAACUGCUUGGUGAUACUGGAAAACUUGAACAACUAAUAAAUGACAUCAAAAAUCAACUCUGA